UUUAGCCUAAAUUUUAAGCAAGGUUAGGUAAAGGAUUGCAACAUCCUUCCUUUUACGGUAUCUUUCUGGAAUUAGUUUCUGCAAUUCAAUUGAGUUCUUCGACGAACAUCUUCAAAUGAGACAGUCAGAGACAGAGAGACAGGAAACACCCUCUCAGUGAAUUUAAUUUCGUUCGCAAGUGUUGUUUCUUAUUCUUCCAUUACUGUUUCUCAAAAUGCAGCUUCAUAUAUCGCCAAGCUUGCGCCAUGUAACUGUCUUUCCUGGUAAAGGGGUUAGGGAUUUUAUCAAAGUGAAGGUCGGAUCUAGAAGGGUUUCUUAUCGAAUGGUCUUCUAUUCUCUUUUGUUCUUGACUUUCUUACUUCGCUUUGUGUUCGUCUUGACGACAGUAGAUACUAUCGAUGGCGAAAACUACUGCUCCACCAUAGGGUGCGUGGGGAAGAAAAUUUGGAGAAGACGACCAGAGUCAAUGAAGGUCCCGGAAGAGAUAUAUCGAAUCUUGGAAGAAAGUGGAGACGAAGAGGAUAUACAAGGAAGAUCAGAGGCUCCACAGUCAUUAGAGGAGUUCGUAGCAGAGAUGAAGAGCAACAAAUCUGAUGUGAAGACCUUUGCGGUGAAGCUAAAGGCUAUGGUGUCUCUACUAGAACAAAAGACUCGAGCAGCCAAGAUCCAAGAAUACUUGUACCGACACGUGGCAUCGAGUAGCAUACCAAAGCAGCUUCACUGCUUAGCUCUAAGGCUGGCUAACGAGCACUCCACCAAUGCCGGCGCACGGCUACAGCUCCCGGCCCCAGAAUGCGUACCUUACCUUGUGGACAACUCAUUCUACCACUUCGUCUUCGCCUCCGACAAUGUCUUGGCAGCUUCCGUCGUCGCAGCAUCUCUGGUUCGCAACUCAUUAACCCCCGAGAAGGUUGUGCUUCACAUCAUCACCGAUCGUAAGACAUACAAUUCCAUGCACGCAUGGUUCUCCCUGCACCCAUUGACGCCUGCCAUUAUUGAGGUUAAGGGUCUGCACCAUUUCGAUUGGUUCACCAAGGGAAAGGUUCCGGUGCUGGAGGCGAUGGAGAAGGACCAGAAAGCCCGGUCACAGUUCAGAGGAGGAUCGUCUGCAAUUGUCGCAAAUAACACCGAGAAGCCUUAUAUCAUUGCGUCGAAGUUGCAAGCGCUUAGUCCCAAGUAUACUUCGCUCAUGAAUCAUAUACGUAUACAUUUGCCAGAGCUAUUUCCGAGUCUUAAUAAAGUGGUCUUCCUUGACGAUGAUAUUGUGAUUCAAACUGAUUUAUCGCCUCUAUGGGAGAUUGAUAUGAGAGGCAAAGUGAAUGGAGCAGUUCAGACAUGCCGAGGUGGUGACAAGUUUGUCAUGACCAAGAGAUUGAAGAGUUACUUGAACUUCUCCCAUCCUUUGAUAGCAGAGAAUUUCGAUCCAAAUGAAUGUGCAUGGGCAUAUGGCAUGAAUAUCUUUGAUCUAGAGGCUUGGCGGAAGACAAAUAUUAGUCACAACUACCAUUACUGGCUUCAAAAGAACUUGAAAUCAGACUUGAGUCUUUGGCAACUGGGAACUUUACCCCCUGGCUUAAUAGCGUUUCAUGGUAAUGUUCAUAUUAUAGAUCCAUUUUGGCACAUGUUGGGGCUUGGCUACCAAGAGAAUACGAGCAUUGCAGAUGCUGAAAAGGCUGGUGUCAUCCACUUCAAUGGCAGAGCAAAGCCUUGGCUUGAGAUAGCCUUUCCACAGCUCCGACCUCUUUGGACUAAAUAUAUUGACUUCAAUGAUAAAUUCAUCAAGAAAUGUCAUAUCAGAGCUUCCUAACUUGAAGAUA